ACAAAGCCCAAACAAAGGAAUAGUCCUCCCCUCCCCGCUACCAAGUCCCAAAGUCCCGCGCGCGCCGCUGCCUUCAUUCUUAUUACUCUGCUACGGUUUCUCAUUCUUGUUCCGGAAAUCAUUUUUCAGGAGAAAAAAAAUUGGUUCAAAAUGAGCAGCUCCAGAGAGGAUUCUCCGGAUUGGCUACGUUCUUUCCAGGCUCCAAGUUCACAUUUGACAUUAUCCUCAGAUUCUGAUCCUUUGCUAAAUGAUAGUCCCCGAAGGGAGGAUAAUUCUGAUCUAGAGGACCAACUUCCCAUCAGUUCUCUGGGAUUUAACAGGAGCAGUGAAAAUCCUGACACAGCCAUCAGUGAAAGUGGUUCAGCAUCACAUUCUGGUAAAAGCUUGAAAGCCAAGUCUCCCAAAAGCAAGAUGAAAGUAGAACGAACUCUGUCAAAAAAGAAGAAAAAAGAGAACUCUAAGAAAAGCGAAGGGAAUGCUAAUGUUGAGAAAGUUGCCAUCGAAGUAACAUCAGAGGAGCCUAUGGAACCUUGCGCUGCCAAUCAUUCAAUUUGGACAUUGUCAUCAGAUUCUGAGUCUCCUCCUGACAGUUCUUUAAAAAAAGACAAGAUAAAUUCUCCACCUCAGACUCAAGGGAGUGAAGAGGCCAAGGAUCCAGUACCAACUGGAACAAGUGAGGAUUAUCCACUGAAGAAGUCUUCUAAAGGGAAAUCUCCUAAAAAGGGGCUAAAAGAAGCAGGAAAUGAUGAGGAUACAGAGAUUGUAGUUGAAGAGACUGCUCAGAAGCAUAUUGAACCUCAAGUUUCUACAUCCAGGUUGCCUUUGGUUCUACCUGAAAAGGUCCAUCGUUCAAAGGCACUUGUUGAGUGUGAAGGGGACUCUGUUGAUUUGAGUGGUGAUGUGGGGGCUGUAGGGCGGGUAGUAAUUCCAGAUCCCUCAUCCGAAAAUCAUGAAAUGUUCUUUGAUUUAAAAGGAACCAUAUACAAAACAACUAUAGUGCCUUCCAGAACAUUUUGCAUUGUUAGCUUUGGUCAGUCAGAAGCAAAGAUAGAGGCUAUCAUGAACGAUUUUAUUCAGCUGAGACCACAGUCUAACGUUUAUGAAGCUGAAACUAUGGUCGAAGGUACACUGGAUGGGUUCUUAUUUGAUUCUGAGGAUGAGGCCGACAAGGUGCCUAAGGCUAAUCAAGCUGAGGGCAUUGAAGAACAAGCGGACGGAAAAACCAAAGGGAAAGCUGAGAAAGCAUCUGCAGUGGCACGGAAGAGAGGUAAAGCUGCAGGAGGAAAGCUGCAGCCACCUAAAAAAGCAAGAAAGAAAACUGUAGGUUCAAAGAAACCCAAGACCAAGAAAUGAGGGCUGAAAAGUCAGUUAUCAGUUCCUUCAACUAAUGGCUUCUCCUGCAAUUCCAGCCUCCAGAUUUCAUGUCACCAUGAAUUACGAAACAAAGCCUAUGGUACUUGAUAUGCUUGUUACACUGAAGUAAGUUUAAUUCAUUAUUUAUAGGAAUACAAAGCUGGUGUAUGUCAAACGAGAAAACUGAAGAAUGAGUUAAUUAAUAAUAUUACAUACUUGUCAUUCGUUUUGGAAGUUGUGUUA